AUGAAAAUAUCUAAAAUUUUAAAAAUUAAUGAUUAAAAAAAUAAAAAUAAAUAAAAAUAAAAAGCAAAAAAAUACAAAUAAUCUUUAAACAAAAAAAAGAAUUUAUUCAUUCACAAAAAUAAAGCAAAAUCAACUCUAGUUUAACUAAUUAAAUAUAGUAUUCUAAAUAAAAUGGCUCCCUCUGUUGGUAUUUUAGGUGAAAGAGAUUAAGGUCAAGAUGUCAGAACCAAUAAUGUUACUGCUGUCAUGGCUAUUGCUAAUAUUGUUAAAUCUUCUUUGGGUCCUCAAGGUCUCGAUAAGAUGCUCGUCGAUGAAGUCGGUGAUGUCACCAUUACAAAUGAUGGUGCUACCAUUUUGAGACAAUUAGAAGUUUAACACCCUGCUGCUAAGGUUAUUGUUGAAUUAUCUUAAUUAUAAGACAAGGAAGUUGGUGAUGGUACUACCUCCGUUGUUAUUUUGGCUGCUGAAUUAUUGAAGAGAGCCAACGAAUUAAUUAAGAACAAGGUUCAUCCUACUAACAUUAUUACUGGCUUUAAGAUUGCUGCUAAGGAAGCUUGCAACUACAUUAAGGAUCACCUUGCUAUUUCAGUCGAACACCUCGGCCGUGAAGCUCUCAUUAAUGUUGCCAAGACUUCCAUGUCUUCCAAGCUUAUUGGUCCCGAAUCCAAUCUUUUCUCUUCCAUCGUUGUUGAUGCUGUUGAAACCGUCAAGAUGACUAACCUUUCAGGAGAAACCAAGUAUCCUAUCAAGAACGUUAAGAUCGUUAAGAGUCACGGUUAGAGCACUUUAUAAUCCUAAUUAAUUAAAGGUUAUGUUUUACAAACUCAAAGAGCUGAUCAAUAAAUGAAAACUAGAAUCGAAAAAGCCAAGAUUGCUUUACUUGACUUCAACUUAAACAAAUUCCGUUUACAAAUGGGUAUAUAAAUUUUGGUUAACGACCCUAAGAAUUUGGAAAAGAUUCGUUUCAAAGAAUGUGAAAUUUUGAAAGAAAGAUGUAAGAAAAUUAUUGAAGCUGGUGCCAACGUUAUCGUCACCUCUGCUGGUAUGGAUGAUGUUGCUACCAAGUACCUCGUUGAAGCUGGUGUCUUAGGUAUUAGAAGAGUUGAUAAGCACGAUCUCCGUAGAAUCGCCAAGGCUUCUGGAGCUACCGUUGUUACCACUUUGGCUACUCCUGAAGGUGAUGAAGUUUUUGAAGCUUCCUACUUGGGUGAAUGUGCUGAAGUUUACGAAGAAGCUGUUGGUGAUAACGACUGCAUCUUCUUUAGGGGAAUGAAAAAGUCUAACUGUGCUUCCAUCAUCAUUAGAGGUGCCAACGAAUUUAUGUGCGAAGAAGUCGAUAGAUCUUUACAUGACUCUCUCUGCGUCGUUAAGAGAACCUUAGAAUCUGGAUACGUCGUUCCUGGUGGUGGUGCUGUUGAAAUUGCUUUGAGCAUUAAGUUAGAAGACUUCGCCAGAACUUUGGGUAACAAAGAAUAAACUGCUGUUGCUGAAUUCUGUGAAGCCUUAAACAUUAUUCCUAAGGUCCUUGCUGCAAAUGCUGCUCAAGAUGCCACUGAAUUAGUUUCUAAGUUAAGAGCCCUCCACGCUGCCUCUCAAUCUUCCGAUGAUCCCACCAAGAAGGAACUUAAAAACUGCGGUCUUGACCUCUCCCUCGGUAAAGUUAGAAACAAUGUUAAGGCUGGUGUCCUUGAACCUAUGGUUUCUAAGAUUAAAUCUCUUAGAUUUGCCACUGAAGCCGCUAUUACUAUUUUAAGAAUUGACGAUAUGAUUAAAUUAAAUCCUCAACAAGAAGAAUUACCUCAAGGAAGACAUUGA